CAGUUUGCCGCUGCACAUCGACGCGUGUGCAUCAUGAACCUCAGCUUGUAAAGACUCUUCGAAUGCCAGACGGCCUCACCUCGAUAUGAGCGCUCCAGCACAGAACGGUCCACGGUGGAGGACCAGUCCCUUUGGCAGGGUAUCACCCUCCCCUGGACCUAUGCCUCUCAGCAACAGGCCUAAAUCCACCAUGCUAUCCUCUCCGCUCUCCAAUACUCAAGUCCCAGCGCAUGCGCGAAAUCAAUCAUUCUCUCCAACCGGAAAUGCAGACAGCAACACGGAAGUCAAUGGUGCUCGCAAGCGGUCACAUUCUUUGCGCAAUGGAACCCCCGUGGGCGGCACGUUCGCACCGCAAUUUAUAAAGACAGAGGACGCAGAAACCGGGACGGGAAGUGUCCGUGGUAUUGAAGGGGAAAACGACUUUUCUGGGAAAAGAUACGUCUGGCUGAAGGAUCCCAGCACUGCUUUUGUUCGCGGAUGGGUAGUAGAAGAGUCUGAAGGUGAUAUGCUGCUGGUACAGUGUGAAGAUGGCAGUCAACGGCAAGUUCUCGCAGAUGCAGUGGACAAGGUUAAUCCAGCAAAGUUUGACAAGGCAAAUGACAUGGCUGAACUUACACAUUUGAAUGAACCAUCAGUCGUCCACAAUCUACAGAUGAGGUACCAAUCUGAUCUCAUAUACACUUAUUCGGGCUUGUUCCUGGUGACCGUAAACCCGUAUUGUCCUCUACCCAUAUACUCCAGAGAUUACAUCAACAUGUACAAAGGACGAGGGAGAGAGGACACAAAGCCUCAUAUUUUUGCCAUGGCCGACGAAGCCUUUCGCAAUCUUGUGGAUGAGGGGGCAAAUCAAAGCAUAUUAGUGACAGGCGAGUCAGGAGCUGGCAAGACAGAAAAUACCAAGAAGGUCAUUCAAUACCUUGCUGCUGUUGCUACUUCCGAUACACCACGGGCGAAAUCAGGAGGUCGACAUAUAUCAAAUCUAUCUGAGCAGAUUCUACGAGCCAAUCCGAUCCUUGAAGCUUUUGGCAAUGCACAGACUGUUCGAAACAAUAAUUCCUCCCGCUUUGGGAAGUUCAUAAGGAUUGAAUUCACGCGAGCUGGACAAAUAGCUGGAGCUUUCAUAGACUGGUAUCUUCUUGAAAAAUCGCGCGUGGUCCGAAUCAACACGAAUGAACGAAGCUACCACAUUUUCUACCAGCUGCUUCAAGGCGCUGGUACAAAAAUGAAGCGCGAUUUUCUUCUUGACGGCCUUGACAUUGGAGAUUUUGAAUAUACGAAACAUGGUAAUGAUACGAUCACAGGUGUUUCGGACCAAGAGGAGUGGAACUCACUUGUGGAAGCCUUUCAUAUCAUGGGUUUCUCGGAAAGAGAUCAAACAUCUAUACUCCGUAAGAUGGCUGCAAUCCUGCAUUUGGGAAAUAUAAGAGCGACAAAAGAAAGCAUUCGCGCAGAUCAGGCAGCUCUUGGUACGGAUGCACGCUCCCACGCAGCUAAGGUGUGUCAGCUUUUGGGAAUUCCCUUGGACCCUUUUAUCAAGGCUUUGCUACACCCACGUGUCAAGGCAGGUCGAGAAUGGGUCGAAAAGGUGCAAACACCGGAGCAGGUCAACCUCACACUUGACGCACUGGCAAAGGGAAUCUAUGAGCGAGGUUUUGGAGACCUCGUGAAUCGCAUCAACAGACAAUUGGAUUGUGGUGGUGGGGCAGAUGAUUCUCACUUUAUCGGUGUUCUUGAUAUCGCCGGUUUUGAGAUCUUCGACGAAAAUAGCUUCGAGCAGCUUUGCAUCAACUUCACCAAUGAGAAAUUGCAGCAAUUUUUCAACCAUCACAUGUUCGUUCUCGAGCAAGAGGAAUACGCGAGGGAGCAAAUCGAGUGGAAUUUCAUCGAUUUCGGCAGAGAUCUCCAACCGACGAUCGACCUGAUCGAGCUUUCAAAUCCGAUCGGGAUAUUCUCGUGCCUCGAUGAGGACUGCGUUAUGCCAAAGGCCACCGACAAAACCUUCACGGAGAAGCUGAACUCACUUUGGGACCGAAAGACACCAAAGUAUCGACGUUCGAUCUUGAAUCAGGGCUUCAUUCUUACUCACUAUGCGGCAGAAGUGGAGUAUUCGACAGAAGGCUGGUUAGAGAAGAAUAAAGACCCGAUGAAUGACAACGCCACAAGACUUCUCGCUGACUCAUCGGACAAGCACAUCGCGCACCUGUUCUCUGACUGUGUCGAGGCAGAUGAUGAACAGGGUGCAGCACGAAGUCGCGUUAAGAAAGGUUUGUUUAGGACCGUCGCUCAAAGGCAUAAGGAGCAGCUGUCUACUCUUAUGACACAACUACAUUCAACUCAUCCUCACUUCGUAAGAUGUAUCAUUCCAAAUCACAAGAAGCGUCCGAAGCAAUUCAGUGCACCCUUAGUACUGGACCAACUUCGAUGCAACGGUGUUCUCGAGGGUAUUCGAAUUGCACGUACAGGCUUCCCUAACAGACUACCCUUCGUAGAGUUCCGCACCCGGUAUGAAGUUCUUUGCAAGGACAUGCCAACUAAUCCCCUCGAAGGGCGUGAGAUCGCCAAGCUCAUGCUCGGCAAACUAAAAUUGGACCGCUCGCUCUACCGUGUUGGGUUGACAAAGGUGUUCUUCCGAGCUGGUGUCUUAGCAGAGCUGGAGGAACAGCGAGAUGAGCUCAUUCGCGAAAUCAUGUCUCGCUUUCAGUCUGUCGCUAGAGGAUUUAUCCAAAGACGCAUUGCACAUAAACGCCUCUAUCGAGCUGAAGCCACCAGAAUCAUCCAAAAGAAUUUCCAGGUAUAUCUCAAACUCCAAGCCAACCCGUGGUGGAAGCUGUAUGUGAUGAUGCGGCCAAUGCUUGGCGCGACUCGACAAGCCGCGGAAGUGCAAAAGCGUGACGAGAUGAUCAAAGCGCUUGAACAACGGAUGCAGAAUGAAGCCGGAGAUCGCCAACGACUGGAUGAAGACCGUCGACGAGCCGAGACAGAGAUCCAGCGAAUUCAGCAAACGCUAGAGAGUGAACGUGCUCUAGCUUUAGACAAGGAUGAGAUAUUCAAGCGCCUCCAACUGCGCGAGACCGAACUGGCUGAGAAGCUCUCCGAGGCUCUAGAUGACCAGGAGAAACUUGAGGAUCAAAUUGACGAAAUACUUGAUGCGAAAAAGCAGAUUGAGAGCCAAGCAGACGCGUGGCGGAAGGAACUUCAAAGCGCAGGCGAGAUCAUCAGCCGGCUGGAAGCAGAGAACGCAGUGAGGCUGAAGAAAGUCUCACACGAGAGCUACGAAUGCUACAGUCUCAGUUGUCUCUCAAAGACCGUAAGCUCCAGGAUCUAGAAGAGAAGUUGCUAAAAACAGAUCAAGAUCUCGACAUUAAACUCGCCGCCUCAACCAAAGAUCUCUCCAACACAAAGAGGCAGGUCAAAGAGCUCCUGGAAGAGAAUCGCUCCAUCCGACAACAGAUGAACGAUCUUUCAUCUACGUCAACUAGCUACGAAGAUCUCAUUCGACGCAAAGAGAGCGAGCUCGCUAUACUGAGGACUGAUCUCAAAAACUAUGACUCAGAUCGUAAACUGUUCGAUAGCGAGAAACGCACCUUAGCAUCGAAACAUGAUGAUCUUCAAAGUCGAUUAAGAGAAGUGCAAGGUGAAAUGGAGGCCAUGAGAUCACAAGCAUCUCAUCUCGAACGUGAAG